GUAGAUGGAAUUAUUGAUAUGGAACAUGUAAUGUUAAAAAGUUUUCUUUUUUGUUUAAAUAUUGGAAUACUUACGAAAGCGGAAUGCAAUAAUACUCAUCCAGAUCAAAGCGGAAAGUUAAACUGCUGCACACACUUCUUUCUAUAUAAUGGAGAAUGCAAAGAGUGCCCACCCGGAUUUUUUGGAGACAAUUGUUCCCGUCAGUGUUACUAUCCUUACUAUGGUCGACUUUGUCUGUACAUGUGUCAGUGUGACAAUAACACAUGUGACCAUGUUAUAGGAUGUACUAACAACACAUCUAUGGAUGCAUCAACAAAAGGUUGAUAACUCAUUAACAUUG